AUGUCGAACAUUGGAAAGCGUCGAAUGGACACUGACAUUGUCAAAUUGUAAGCAUUUUUCGCGCCUAUUUUUAUCGAUUUUUUAGAGAAAUUUUAACGAAAAUUGGCUCAAACUAUUCUACAAUUCUACAAUACUUUUACGUAUUUUCCGUCUAUUUUCAGCCUUUCCCCACUCAGUUUUCUCCCCUUUUUGCCUCGUAAACACGCGACAAUCAUGUGACACAGACACACACACACAAGCGGCGGCGGCCAACACACAUCAAUUUUCGUGCGCGCCAAAAGAAAAAAAAGAAGAAGUUUUCGGGUUUUCGGCCUCGGAAAUGGAUGAUAUCGGAAGCGCGCCACGCUGAAAAUCGAAAAUGACGAGGGCCAAAGAAAUGCGUCAGCAAAUUGAGCAUUUUUGGAGUUUUUAUGCAUGUCUAGAUCAAUUUCUUUAAAUUUUUUGAGUUUUUCUCACCUAAAAUCGAGCCUCCAACACAAAGAAAACGCCUUCCACUGGAAAUGCGCCAGCAAAAUUUGUUGGCGCUUUUCUGGAUAAAGUCAGUCAAAACACUAGUUUUUUUGGUUUUGUUUGUUUAUUUGCUCCUCUUUUAUUGACUUGGCGCCGCCAAGUUGGCAAACAUUGAAAUCGAAUAGGGCGAAAACAGAAAAGCACGAAAAGUGCGCCAACAACCAGAGUUGAGCGGAAGAACACGGAAAAAUUUUUAUCUUUUUUAGAAAAUUUUUUCAUGGAAUGUGAUCAACUGACGAAAUGUCUAGCAAAGUGAACUCAGCUCGUAGAAAAAUAAUUGUAAAUUUAGCCUUACAUACAAAAAAGUUAUUCGAGUUGUUCCGUGAAAAAAGGGCUAACGGAAGACGGAAGGACAUUUUCACGGACCAACUCGAACAACUUUUUUGUAUGAAAAGUUAAAUUUACAAUUAUUUUUCUAUGAGCAGAGUUCACUUUGCUAUACAUUUCGUCAGUUGAUCGCAUCCCAUGAAAAAAUUUUCUAAAAAAUAUAAAAAUUCUUCCGUGUUCUUCCGUUGAGUUCUUCCGCUCAACUCUGCCAACAACAUUUGUUGGGGUGUUUUUCUUGUUGAAAAUAUUCCGAUUUAGCGCUUUUUGAACAAGGGGGAUCCGAGUUGCUGGCGCUUUACUCCAUACCUUAUCAACCCUUGUUUUCGUCGUAAAGUGCGUCAACAAAAUCGCUAACGCACUUUGCGCUCCACUUGUUUUCGUCGGCGGCGCCGAACUUUGCACUUUUUCUGACCAAUGAAGACGAGCGGUCCGGAGAAGAAAGAGAAAAGGAAACGUUUCUUUUUUUUCAGGGUCAACAACAAUCACCACGUGCAACUAGUCAACAAUUUGAAUGAGUUCAUCGUCAAAUUUCAUGGACCCAAAAAUAGUACGUUUGAUGCUCGGCCGAGACAUUUUCCAGACAAAUACCCGAAAAAUUGCAGCUCACUACGAGGGCGGAGUGUGGAAGAUUCGCGUCGAGCUGCCCGACAAGUACCCGUUCAAAUCGCCGUCGAUCGGAUUCAUAAACAAAAUCUACCAUCCGAACAUUGACGAGGCGAGCGGAACCGUCUGUUUGGACGUCAUCAAUCAGGUACGGGCAGUUUUUCGGAGAAAAAUUCCCUCAAAAAAUGCAAUGUUCAGGCGUGGACCGCCCUGUACGACCUGGCCAACAUUUUCGAGUCGUUCCUGCCCCAAUUGCUCACUUAUCCGAACGCGCAGGAUCCGUUGAACGGAGAGGCGGCCAGUCUGUACAUUCACAAGCCGCAAGAGUACGAACGAAAGUGCAAAGGUACGGCGGGCGGUUUCAAUUCCGACGUUUCGGCUUUCGGCGUGGCGACAAUCAGUUGUUCUCUGAGCCCUGAGUGUCCUUUGAACUUCAGUGGUCGUCCAUUGUGAUCCGGCCAUUUCUCGUGUUAUCACACCUUUUAGGCGUCCGCUGUCACGCUUUUUUUCCCAAAAACAAUGCCAAUUCUUGCAGACUAUGUGCAGCGCUUCGCCAGCGAGGCGGUCCUGUUCCCGCCGCCGGCCGCCGAAUCGUCGGGAGCGAACGGAAGCGGAAAGGAGGCGGAAGAGGCGGACGAGGACGCGGAAAGCGUGAGUUCGCUGUCCGAGUACGAGUCGGACGGCACUUUCGAGGAGGAGUACGCCAAUUUCAAGGGGCUCGACGAGGACGACGACAAGAUUACUGUGAAUCGCAUGCAAAUGUAG